AUGAAGUUUACCGAACAUCUAGCUGCACAUCUUACGCCUGAGUGGCGAAAGCAAUAUGUUGAAUAUGAAUCCCUUAAACAAAUACUUUACAAAGCUUUAGAUGAUUUUGAGGAUUUACCAGUGGUUGACGCCGUGACGGUCAGUGAACACUUUGAUGAGUGCGACACCAUAUUCUUUACAAUGUGUCAGGCUGAGUUAGAUAAAGUGAACAACUUUUUCUCUGAAAAACUUGCCGAAGCUAAACGAAAGUUUGCCGCCCUUAAAGAAGAAUGUGACCGUCAUUUUUCUUCAAGACGUCGAGUUCCAAUCGCGUCAGUGUACAUAAGUAGUCCCGCCGCCGCCGCCGCCGCCGCCGCCGCAGUGGAUCACCAAAAUUACCAAGAUGAAGGCUACCAUCGUGUGGCAGAAGGAACGCGAUCUCCGGCACAAUUGUUCAAUCGAAGCCCCGGACGUCAUAUUAAUGACAUGGAUAUGUUGCGACGCCGCAGAAGUACAAUUCGUUUAAAGAAAGGCGAUAAACGGUCCGAUGAUAUCUCGCGACAAAUUGGCCAAAAUGAAGAGACGCCCCGAUUAAAGACUUAUGACCUGAAACUUGCGCUGAGCGAGUUCUACCUAAGUUUGGUGCUUCUACAAAAUUAUCAAAGUCUUAAUUUUACUGGGUUCCGGAAAAUACUUAAAAAACAUGACAAGUUAUUCCAACGUUCGAAUGGUUUGGAAUGGCAUCGCAAUACUGUGUCCAAGGAGUUGUUUCAUGUGGAUAAUUCAGUCGAUUCGAUGAUUUCAGAAGUUGAGGACACUUUUACCAAACUCGAGGGAGGAAACCGUCAAAAGGCUAUGAAACGUCUGCGUGUGCCACCUCUCUCUGCUCAGUCCAGUGCCAAAUCCGUGUUCCGUUUUGGGUUCUUCCUUGGCAUUUUCCUUUCCGAGGUAAUUGGCAUAAUCCUAGUCGGAUUCAAACCCCAACACGGCGCAGCACAGACGACUCACAUUCGAUCGAGCACUUUGCCAGCCAACGUGGCCACGGCGGUGGAGGCGUUGGCAAGGCAUGAGGUCGCGGGUGCUCGUCUGCUGUGGGCAUCUACAGAGGCACGGUGUGACGCUGAGAGUCGCGGCCUUGUGCUAAAGACGCGACAAAACGUGGCAGAUUCUUUGACGAAGGCCACUGGGAUCUCGGUGGGACGGUUAGUGAAGACAAUGGAUGCAGACGAGUCCUUUUUCAUCCAAGCGCCACAAUUUUCGUACCCAGCAUUUCGCUUCUUUCGUGGCAGUUUCCUGACCAUCUACUACCUCUGCAUGGUUGGCGUCAACGUCUACGGCUGGCGCAGUUCAGGUGUCAACCAUGUGCUAAUUUUCGAGAUCGAUCCGCGCUCCCACCUGAACCACUUUCAACUUAUGGAGGUAGGAAUGCUUUUUGCUGAUUUUUGGGGUGCAGCCGUACUGUUUUACUUAUUUUCCGACCGACUCAGUCUCCCAGGAUACGCGGCACCCUUUGUCCUCUUCUUUUUCCUGGUGGUAACUCUCCUGCUUCCAUUCCACGUCUUCCAGUACAAGUCCCGGCUAUGGCUUCUCAAGAUUUUGCUGCGAAUCAUUCGAGCGCCGCUCGCUAAGGUCCGCUUUCCCGACUUCUUUCUCGCCGAUCAGCUGAACAGUCUUUCAUUUAUUCUGCCGGACCUGGCCUAUUUCCUCUGCUUUUUCAUCACCUUUAUAGACCACAAUAUGGUUGUCAAGAGCGAUUUCCGCAAUUCCACAAUCGUGCCACCUGGUGCCAAUCCUCUAUUCGCCCCAAAAGCAGGCUAUUGCGACGGUAUGAUGUGGGGCCUGCAGCCUAUUCUGAAGGCCCUUCCGGCGUGGUGGCGCUUUCUACAGUGCCUUCGGCGGUAUCGUGACUUGACCAUUAGGUCACCAGUUCCGCAUUUGAUGAAUGCCGGUAAAUAUUCGACAACGCUGAUUGCGAUUCUCUGCAGUUCCGUGUCCUCGAUCAACCAACAUAUGGCAUUCUUCAUCCUGAUGAUCAUGUCUAAGUUUUUCAGUUCAGUUUGCACUACAACCUGGGACUUGGUAAUGGAUUGGGGUCUUUUGGACAGGAGUUCCAAGGAGAACUUGAUGCUGCGCGACGAAUUGGUAUACCGAUUUCGCGCCUACUACUAUGUGGCCAUUGUCGAGGAUGUGAUCAUACGUUUUGCCUGGAUUCUGCCAAUCGUCUUUUCGCACUUCAGAAUAAUCGAAGUUGAAAUUAUCACAACCAUUGUAAUGUUUGCUGAGGUCACCAGGCGAAUAAUCUGGAACUUUUUCCGUCUGGAAAAUGAGCACCUCAACAACUGUGGUAAUUUCCGAGCCGUGCGCGAUAUUGGAAUUGCACCCAUCCGCAAAGACUCACCUCAGACACCUCCUAAUGAGAAUGUCGACAAGCGCUACAGAAAGUUCAACCAGCGAUUUACUCUUAAUCGGAACAAUCAGCGGGGUGGUGGUGAAGUCCAACCUGAAGGCAGCGAUAUUCAGAGAGACGACCAGUUACCUGCCCUCGGCAAAUAUGCGUCGCUACUGCAAAAUAACCAGCGCAAGAGCCUGUGGGGCUACCUUCGGGAGGCCUAUUUCCAGACCAAGAAGGAGAGGCGACGACAAUUGGAUCUGGGCCUGAUCGCCAGCAUGGAGGAAGCCCUGCGUGCAGCAAAAACCGAUGUUCAAGCGAAAUUGGACUCGAAAUCCCUACCUCCUCGCGGCGCAACACCGACGGAAGACCCAGCAACGGCGCAGGCGCACCUCUUUAACGAGGUGCUAUCACAUCAGACCAUGGGUCAACACGACGGCACUCGGAAUAGUUUGUUGCCACUUGUCGCAAGGGACCAACGUCAGCGCUUUAACCCUCUUUCCACGUCCUCGUCUUCGGUGUUGACGGAAGAACCCACUCACAGUCGCCGAGUCAUGGUGGACGGUCGACAGCGCCAGGCCUUCGCCAGGGCCACCAUUCCCCUCACCGUGUGCCUCCUCGAACCACAGCAAACUUCAUCUGGAAAGAAUCGGGUGUCUGUUUGUGAUACUCCCGGACAGUCUACUUGCAAUCUGCCUGUUUUUCCCUCAGAGGCCCACGGCCUGUUUCUACCGCGUUCUGAAGACGCAGAUAACGGUCAUGGACUGGACCUUGUUAUCGCCCCUGAGAUGCUGACGCAAAUGCAAAACGAUGACUCCCCAGACGACACUGUGCUCCCCAUCCGAACGCGAGUCCUGGCCAAUCAACUUCGGGAACUUCUUCAGUCCUUUAACACUCAGCUUGGCGAUUCUACUGCUCCUCAACCGACAUCAAUGCGUAACCCAUUGCAAGCUACGGAGGGCCAGUCUUCACCAGCAACUGGUGAUGGCCCCAUAAUGAGAUGGCGACCUGUCAUGCCCGGCGCUUAUCAAAUGGGGCAGUCGCAAACUACACAACAGAGACGAUGGGUUAAACGAAAGGAUAGGAGUGUAUCUGGCAGUCGAAGUGAUAGUUCAACAAUUGCUAUUAACCGACCGAAGAGUGAAAGCAGCCUGGAUAUUCGCGCAACGGACUCGGAGGAGAAGGUGCGGCACAGCUCCUCGGAGACGAGCUCCGUUUCCCUCUGUGAAGAAGAGGAGGAGAAAAGGGGUGCGUUUGCAGGACUCUCACGGGUGCCGGAAGACACAAAGUAA